AUGGCUCUAUCCUCAAAUUGUUGGAAAUAUCUAGUGCUGACAUUCAAUGUUUUAUUCGCAAUGUCAGCAGUGGUACUUUUCGGCGCGAGCGGUUUUCUUUUAUACCGUUUAUUUAUCUACCGUCAUUUUAUCGGUGUGAAUGUGGAGUAUCCAGCGAUACUACUUCUGAUGAUGGCAAUUAUUACCUGCUCUAUUGCGUGGAUUGGAUGGAGGACAGCAAAGUCUAUGCACCAAAUUCACGUUAUAAUGGCUGGGAUAUUAAUAUUAGUCGUGGUCGUCAUAGAGUUUGUCUGCUUCGUUUGGGCAAUGGUAGUGUGGGAUAACAUCGAGAUUGACAUCAAGACUACGAUGACCGCUUACUUUUUGGAUACCAGCACGAAAGAUACUAAUCCUGACGCUAUACGAUGGGAUAGGCUACACGUAAAGUUUGAAUGCUGCGGUGUAAGUGGCCCAGGAGACUACAGUUCUACUGGCCACGUUCCGUUCUCCUGCUGUGGGCAGGGUCCCCUAGACUCCAUCCAUAAGCCUUACACGUCAGACUGUACGACGCUGUACCAGCGUGGUUGUGGAAACCUUCUCCAUGAAUAUACGAAACAGCAGUUAUUGUUGGUGGCUAUGUUAGCUCUCAUAGCGUCAACAAUUCAGAGCACCGGUAUCUUCUGUACAUUUUUCCUGGCCCACGCCAUCCGGGAGAAAAGACGUGCGUCAAUACGAAACUCUACGAUCGCAAGGGAGUCCACAUUUGCAGCAGCAGAUGAUUCGCUCUUAGCAUCUCCUACCGCACCAGCUCAAACUUUGCCAAAAUAUUAA